AUGCCCGUGGUUCGAAUAACCCCACCCACCCAAACUGUUCUAAAUGGGACUAUUGCAGAACUAGUGUGCGACACCACAGCUGGUACACCACCAUUCCUCUUCUCAUGGUUCUUGUCCUCAACCGAGAUCACGGUGGGCGUCACGAGCAACGCUACGACGUCCACACUGCUGGUUGAUACGGCCAUGAUGCAGACUAGGUCCCGUUCCUACACAUGUAGGGUGACGCUGGAUCAACCACUCCCGGCCAAUCAGCUUUCUGGAACGGACGUCGGCACUCUGCUGACGGACUUCCCACCCGUGGUCUCGGUCAAUGACGUCACUGGAGUCGCCGGUGAACGGAUUGAAAUCGUGUGUCGCAUCCGCAGCGAUCCACCACCGGCGUCGAAUCAAGUCGUUGUGGUACUGAGCAGUGGUAUGGUCGUGGGACCUUUUUCGAUUUCCGUUGUCAGUGGGGCGCCACCGACUACUACCUUUCGUUUCCAGAUCCAGACGGCCGACCCAGCCCUUCAUGCAGGCCCGGCAGUCUGCCGCACCAGAGUAACUCUUGAUAGCAGAACAGUAGAGGUUAACGGUUCCUUCAACAUCGCUGUUGAUGUUCUGUUACUGGAUGGAAGUGGCACGGUGUUCCGAACAAUGUACCGCGAGAACCAGCUUGCUCCCACCAUUCUCUCACUGCAGCAUUCAGCCACUCUGGUUGGAGAGUCAGCCGCCUGCCAGACGUCCAUAGAGCUAACAGCGUCUUCUGGUACCUUGGAUGAUGUGGCAUUCGAAAAGAUCUUCCCCACCAAGGCGGUGAUGUCACCUAAUAUUAUGAAGACAUUCUUACCGAGACAAUUGGUGUACACGUCAACAGAUGGUAUGCCAAUCUCGACCGAGGACAUCUUGACCAUUGUCCAAAACACGGAGUACGCGAACACUCGCGACGAAAUAUCCAUGGCCGACCGAGUGGUACUUUGGGAACUUCGAGACUGUGAGAGCAACGUCAUAGCGACAGCAGAAACAUUCAUUGGAAUCGAACGUGUCAACGACAACCCACCUGUGGUGAUAUUCAACAUUUCUCCAGGCAUCGUAUGACGAGCAGAAUAUUAGCUAAUGCCAAUGAUGUAAAAUUUAAGAAUUCGUAAUAUUUGUGGGCCGUGCUAACUGGCAUCCACCUCUCUGCAGCAUUUUACCUUGCUAUUUGUGUUACUGUUUGCAUGCAAUGGGCGUAAUUAAAUCGCUACUCGUGGAGUUCGUCAGCAGCUACUUCGAAGUAGAUUCUUUCUUUAUUCUUUCAAUAGCUAUCUUUCUCUAAUUUUCACUUCCAGUCUCUCUCUCUCCCUCCCUCUCUCUCUCUCUUUCUCUCUCUCUCUCUCUCUCUCUCUCUCUCUCUCUCUCUCCCUCUCUCUCUCCCUCUCUCUCCCUCUCUCUCCCUCUCUCUCCCUCUCUCUCUCUCUCUCUCUCUCUCUCUCUCUCUCUCUCUCUCUCUCUCUCUCUCUCUCUCUCUCUCCUCUCUCUCUCUCUCUCUCUCUCUCUCUCUCUCUCUCUCUCUUUCUCUUUCUCUCUCUCUCUCUCUCUCUCUCUCUCUCUCUCUCUCUCUCUCUCUCUCUCUCUCUCUCUCUCUCUCUCUCUCUCUCUCUCUCUCUCUCUACCUCUCUCUCUCUCUCUCUCUCUCUCUCUCUCUCUCUCUCUCUCUCUCUCUCUCUCUCUCUCUCUCUCUCUCUCUCUCUCUCUCUCUCCAAGUCUAGUGAUGCCCACUCUCGGCAUCUCUUCUCGAAUCAAGAAAUUCGAACCCUCCAAAUAUCUGGAUUUUCCUACUCCCAGGUCGCUUAUGCAUGUUUACAUAGCAGCGUGUUUGACAUGAUCUUGAAGUAAUCACAACAAGUCUUUAAUUUUGUACACUCCUCUCUUAAAAACCAGCACUCCCGAAGUUUUGGGAACUAUUUUGACGACUAUCCUCCGAGGACAAUAAUUA